AUGGAAACUGAUACCUGGAUAUUUACCAUGGACAUGAAUGGUAUACUGAGUGGAGAUCAGAUUGACGUUCUCACCACCGUGUACUUAGUGUUACUCACUCCCAGUGUGGUUGGGAGUUUUUCUGUCCUGGUAGUGUCCAUAGUGAGAAGGAAGCAUCUACAACAACAGGUGCAGCUCCUCGUGCAGCUCGCCCUGGCAGACCUCCUGGCUGCUCUGAUCCUGAUGUCCACCAGUGUCAUGAACAAAGUGGGAAUCCACAGCAAUGUCCCCAUCUGCCAGUACAGCCUGCCACUGUCGCUGACAUUUUACUUUAUUUCAUUUCUGCUGGUGGUCAUUUAUGCAUGGCAGUCGAAGAAUGCGAUUCAAGGAUGGAGAACGAGACCGGCAGAGGACGAGGGCGCGCAGAGUCAGUGUAGAAGAAAAAUGGUGGCUAUGCCUGUAUAUGCCAUCGUGUGGCUGAUUCCUAUAGUUCUGUACUUAGCAUACGUGCUCACUUCCUUCAUAACCACAACGUUGCUGAUUGCAAACAAUAACCAGUCACAGGUCUUCCAUAAUGAAAGCAAGUACUGCACCAGUUGUAUUUUGUUCUUGCACGUCUGGGGAGAUUCCUGCUCGGAUACGGAUGUAGUCCAUGAUAACUUCAUCAAAAUAUUUCUGGUCAUUGUGGUGAUACCAGUGAUGCUGUCUUGCUCCGUGAUUUAUUAUAAGGUUGGUAAAUGGUAUGAAAGAUAUCAGCAUCAGGGUCUUUUUCCAGUGGAAGGAGACGGGCGUUCGAGAAAGCGAUUCAAGACAGUGUUUUCUACAGCAAGAAAUAUGGUGAUGGUCAUCUUAGUUUGUUGGGCACCAGCUCUUGUCCUCAUUCUGUUUUCCACCCUGAUGAGAUGGACAAAUAUUGAACAGCGCAGUCUAUUUGGCCUUUAUAUGAUACAGGCUGCUGGUGUGUCCCUGCAGGGCUUCCUGAACAGUAUGGUUUACGCCUGGAGACGACCAAACUUCACCGAGGCCGUUCUAGGGGAGAACACCCCCCUGGUGGCACACAACCGCCUGGCCUUCUUUGAUGAAUCGCUAAGGACCUCAUCCUGUUGACUCUAAACACACAAGGGAGAAACUGCUGGAACAACUAUCGGCCUGAUGACGACUGAUUGAACACUUCAUGAAAACUAAAGACUGAAACAUGAAGCAAACAUGAAAUGGACUGAAGAGGAAAAGAAAAGAAAGAAACAUGAAGACUGCAAAAGAUGAAUUUGUCAUGUAAUAAAGUCAUAGUAGCUUAAAUCACACUUUUUUUUUUAUUAAUGGGAACAUGGGAGUUGUGUUGUAUUUAUUUGAACUGUUUUAUAUAACAUUUUAAAAGAUGCCGUGAAGAGUUGUGUAAUUAAUGUGAUGUGUGAUUUAGUUUUUGUUUUAUCAAAUGUAUUUGUAUUGUGUCUUGAGGCGUAUUUAACCUGUUGUUUUAAUGCUGACUUGUUAUUUAACUGUCGCUCUGCACGGUUUAAGAUAAGACCGAUGGAAAAACUGUGAGGGUUUCAGAAAUCUGCUUCACAUCUCUGUCGUUUCAGAAGCACAUGUCACCAAUGAUAACACAGAGUUCAGCCUCAGGAGCAAGCAUGUGCUGGAGCAGUGAGCAAUGCUCCGUGAACACUGUGUCUGGUUUGUUGUGUCUGUGCGCAAGCAUAACUUAUCUCAUAAAAUAAAGUGUGGUUUGUGCAACUGAGGUCUUAUACAGA